CCCUGGCGGCUGCCCGCGCCUCCUCCCGCUUCCUCCAGGCCACCGGGCUCCCGACCCGACUGUGACGCACUGCACCCCCGCCCCUUCUCUUCCCGUUGAUCCAGCGUGCCGCGCUUUCUCCUCCUCUGGUCUCGCUGCUUCCUCUCCCCCUCGAAUCCAGUCCUGGUUUCCCCGCCGCCAGCCUCCCUCCCUCCCGGCGGGACUCGCUCCCCGCCCCGCCCCGCCCCCGCCUCGCCUGUCUUCACCGCGGUCCGCUCGGUUCACCGCCUGCCCCCUCUCCUUGCCUCCCGGCCCGGCUCGCCCAGUCCAGUGGCUCCAGUCCGGAUCUCGCCGCCGCCCGGCCCAGGUGCGAGUCCCCACUGCUGGGGAGGCGGCGGGCCCCGGCUCCCCUCGGCCGCCUAGCCCGCCUCGCCCGCCCGGGGUUGGCGGGGAGGGAAUAGCUGGGCGGCCCCAGAGCUCCUCGGAGGACAAUGCGCCCGGCGCUCGGCCACCCUCGCUCGGUCUCCUCCGCGUCCGGUUCCUUCCCGCCGCCCCCGGCAGCCGCCCGGCUGCAGCCCCUCUUCCUCCGCGGGGGCUCCUUCCGCGGCCGGAGAGGCUCCGGCGACAGCAGCACCAGCACCAGCACCAGCCGCGGGGGAGGCGGCGGCAGACGCGGCGGGGGCGGCGGCUCCCCGAGCAGCAGCACGGGCGCCGAGCGCGAGGACGACGACGAGAGCCUCAGCGUCAGCAAGCCUCUGGUGCCCAACGCCGCGCUCCUGGGGCCGCCGGCUCAGGUGGGCGCCCCGGCCGGCCCCGCGCCUGUCGCCUUCUCCUCCUCAGCCGCCACCUCCUCCUCCACCUCCACGCCCACCUCCUCCUGCAACAUGACAGCCGCGGACUUCGGCGGGGGCGCCGCGGCCGGGGCCGUCGGGGGCCCCGGGAGCCGCUCGGCGGGGGGCGCGGGCGGCGCCGGGACCGGCAGCGGCGCCUCCUGCUGCCCGUGUUGCUGCUGCUGCGGCUGCCCGGACCGCCCCGGCCGCAGGGGUCGGCGCCGCGGCUGCGCCCCCAGUCCCAGGUGCCGCUGGGGCUACCAGGCGCUGUCCGUGGUGCUGCUGCUGGCGCAGGGCGGCCUGCUGGACCUGUACCUCAUCGCCGUCACCGACCUGUACUGGUGCUCCUGGAUCGCCACUGACCUGGUGGUGGUGGUGGGCUGGGCCAUCUUCUUCGCCAAGAACAGCCGGGGCCGUCGGGGCGGCGCAGCCAGCGGCGCGCACAACCACCACCUGCACCACCACCACGCCGCGCCGCCCCUGCAUCUGCCCGCCCCCUCGGCCGCUACCGCUGGGGCAAAGGCACGCGGAGCCCGCGGGGGCGCCGGCGGCGCGGGGGGCGGCCUGGGGGCGGCCGCGGCAGCGGGCGAGUUCGCCUUCGCCUACCUGGCCUGGCUUAUCUACUCCAUCGCCUUCACUCCCAAGGUGGUGCUGAUCCUGGGCACGUCCAUCCUAGACCUCAUCGAGCUACGCGCGCCCUUCGGCACCACGGGCUUCCGUCUCACCAUGGCGCUGUCGGUGCCCCUGCUCUACAGCUUGGUGCGGGCCAUCAGCGAGGCGGGCGCGCCCCCGGGAUCGGCAGGACCCCUGCUGCUGCAGCCCCAGCGGCACCGCGCGGCCGGAUGCUUCCUGGGCACGUGCUUGGACCUGCUCGACAGCUUCACGCUGGUGGAGCUGAUGCUGGAGGGCCGCGUGCCGCUGCCCGCGCACCUGCGCUACCUGCUUAUCGCCGUCUACUUCCUCACCCUCGCCUCGCCGGUGCUCUGGCUCUACGAGCUCAACGCCGCGGCCGCAGCGGCUGCAUCCUGGGGCCAGGCCUCCGGGCCUGGCAGCUGCAGCCGCCUUCUGCGCCUGCUGGGCGGCUGCCUGGUGGACGUGCCCUUGCUGGCGCUGCGCUGCCUCCUGGUGGUCAGCUACCAGCAGCCCCUCUCCAUCUUCAUGCUCAAGAACCUCUUCUUCCUCGGCUGCCGGGGCCUGGAGGCCCUGGAGGGCUGCUGGGACCGGGGCAGUCGGGCCUCCCCGAGUCGGGCCAGAGGGGGCUACGGUGCUCCGCCCUCCGCCCCUCCACCACCUCCGCCACCACCUCAGGGAGGCUCCCAGCUGGGCCACUGCAUCUCGGAGAACGAGGGGGGUGCUCAUGGCUAUGUCAACACCCUGGCUGUGGCCUCUCAGAAUUGAGGGUGAAGGGCACGGGUCCUUGGUUUUGGGUUGAGAGUCCCCAACCCCCUUGUCUUCUACCUUCUGUCACCUAGAUUUGAUCAGGGUCUAUUUGGAAGAGGUAACCCUUUUCAGGGCUAAGGGCCAGGGUGUCCUUCUGCACCCCUGGGGUGAGGACGGCUUGGAGGGAGACCAGCAGUUAACGGUGAGGGAGGUAGGUGCACUUACCCUCUCCUCUCUUCUCCUAUCCUACCCCAAUCCUGACCUCCAAGGGGCUGGUACCUCUGCUUCUUGCUUUGCCCACCUCCACUCUAAUUCCCAUCCAUUAGGAGGAGAGGGGUGCUGGGCUUUGGACCUUCUCCCUUGCUUAGAAGUGCCAGCCUCUUUUAGGCUGUGGUUAGUGGCCAUUGUCCCAUGCCUUGAAAUUGACCCAGAACCCACUUUCCACUGAUGUGUCUAUUGGAUUUCUUCCAGGUGAUAGAUACAAAGUGUAUGUCUCUGUGUGUGUAGUGUUUUCUCGUGUCCACCCUGUGGCCCUUUGCAAUGGGUAGGAGAUCUGGGGAGGCCCUGCCCCCUACACCAUACUUAUCACCACCCUCCUCUUUUCUGCCUGGAUUUGUGACUAUGAAUUCCCAGGAAGAGCUGGGCCCCUGGGAGCUGCCCAGGUACUCCCCUUGAAGGGAGAAUCUCACCCAGGAUCUUCCUCAAUACUGCUCCUCUCUUCUCAGCUCAGGGAGAGGAGGGGAUCCAUUCUCUAAGGACCAAACUGCACCCUUUGUUGGGUGAGUGAGCAUUUCUACCUCCGUGCUUUCAACUUUUGUUGCAUCAUGCACUGAUGCUGCUUGCAAAAAAUGAAGACAAAAUACUCAGAAGUUGCAUUUGCCAUGGCCACUGGCUCCAGCUGGGGUUUGGUGCCAGUGUUAUUACAGGGUCUGCGGAGUAUCAGCCAUUGGCUUGGCCUCUCUCUGUUCCUCCCUCUGCACCUAGAACUCUUAUCCUUCCUGUGGUUUGGUGCCGACUGGGUCGGAUCUGGGCUUAGAGUAAUAGCUUUGGUGGGGUUCCUGGAUGGAUGUGAAGUUGGGCCUCCCAUGGGCCCAAGGGAAUAGGAAGCCCCAUUCCCCACCUGUCCUUCCUCUAGGAAGCGUAGAUCAGAAAGUGAGGUGGUGACCUCCCACCUCUGGUCUGGUUAAGAGUCUCACUAGGGCCAAGGCAGGCUGCAGAACUUUCCCUCUUCCUCUCAUUGAGGGUGAUGACAAGAGACAUCCGGGGACUGUGCACUUACAGUCGGUGUGGAAUGUCACUCUUGCAGUCUUUGAGGCAGGAUAAGUACUUUUACAUAUUUUAAGGGUGCAGGAGGACAGCAGCUAACAAGGCCAGGAAAUACUCACUUCCCUCCACCCUCAACAGGAUGUGGUGGGGGUGAAACUUGAAGAAUUUUUGUUUCCCCUUCUCCCUUCUUACGUUUGGGAAGUUUUAUGUAGUGUAAUAAACUCUAGACGAGUUACCAGAAGAUGUGGAUUCUAGUUCUGAUUCUGUCACUCAUUGGCUUUGAGUGACAUAUUUUUAUUUCCUGGGCCUGUUUUCUCACAUUAAAAAAGUAGAAGUUAGAUGAGUGAUCUCUAAGGUUGAAGGUAAUUUCAGCUCUCACAUUCUUUUGAGUUUGUGGCUCUUGAAAGCCCUGGUCCUGAUGCUCCCUGUAAAGGUGGCUGGGAGAGAAGCCAGCCAGGCUGCACUUGCAGAACAUUCCCUGCUCUGCACUGGGUGUGUGAAGCCCCAGCAGAGAAGGCCGGAGGAAGGGCUUGGGUUCCUGGGCUGGGUGUGGGGCAGGGCCUGGCACAGCUGCAGAGUGCACAGGGAGGGCCAGAAGUGCCAAGUCACUGGCCGUUAACUCAGCACCCAGGCCAAGCCCCCACCUCCCGCUUGAAGCCCCCUCUUCCAACUGUUUUGGGGGCUUGGAGCAGAAGACACCCUUGUAGACAGACAUGAGAGGGGCAGAAGGCUUGACCAGAGUUCUCUUGAGCCUCCUCAUGCUCUCAGAGCAGGGAACAGCGGGGGAAAAUGUUUACACUCCAUGCACAAUCUGUGCUUCCAGUCCCUCACCCUAUGUGGCCCAAUAGCUGGCUGGAUUUCACACUUAAUUGGUAUUUUUUUCUGCCUUCUUCCCCUGCCCCCACUGACUCCUCUCCUCUCCCUUUGAUUGUACUCAAGGUUCUGGGGCCUGGGCCCUGGGUGGGUACCAACAGCUGCUCCCUGUUCCCAUGUCCUCUCUCCAGCUUUGCUCUGUUUCUCUGCUACCUAAUCUCAGUGACUGUGAAAGGACAUUGUGUCUGAGCCAUGGCCAGCCACUGGCUGGCCCCCUGAUCUGCCCCCCUUCUAUUGUUUGGAUGGCCAUCUCCUGCUGGGCCUCCCUGACUGUAUAAUCUCUGUACUGUUAGGUUUUUGGUGGGAGGCUGUGAUAAGUUCCAAUGAGCUGCCACUUCCCUGGAUAUGUCAAGAAGCUGAUGGCAACUUGGCCAAUUCUGCCAGACAUCAGGCCCCCAGUUCAGCCCCAGUCACCCUCUUUUACACAUGUGGGUCAACCACUGUGUGCUCAGAGGGUCAGUCCCUUCCUCUGCUGUGUUUUUCUUGAGUCCUUGCACUCACUUCCCCUGCCCCAGUCACGAUGACCCCUAAAGCUUCCUUUGCCCUUGCUUUCUAGGGCAUCCCUAGUGAAGGGGCAUACCUGAGAUUUCUCCAUGGACCUGACAGCCAAGGCAGGGCACUGUCUCCUGAGGCCAGUGCCAGCACGUGCAUGGUUCACAGAAAAGGAUCCUGGGCUCAGAAUCUCGAGAACCGCCUGCUCCUAACAUUUCAGUAAGUCAGGGGCUUCCUCUCUGUUAGUCCCCAAAUCCUUACUUAUUUUAAAAAGACUAGACCCUCUCUAAAGACUGUUCCAUUUUAACAUGUCCUGAUUCUGCAUCCGUGGGUUUUGUGAAAGAGAGCUAGCUGGCGGUUAGAGCCUGGAAGAAGGAGGGAAGUGGCACCUCACUAGCAUUUAUCACUUUUUUCCUUCUCUUUUUAAAAAUAAAACCAGACUCUGUUCUGAAAAUAAAAAACUUGAGACUUGUGACAA